GCCAAACUCUCUCCUGGCUCAUUCUUGACAUUUAGUGGUCUUUUCAGGUUCAUUACCCUGACAUCAGCACUUAGGAAUGACAUAUUACUCAUGCAAGCUGCAUCACAUCCCCCCAAUAUUGCUCCCAAUGUUAUCUCUCCUGCCAUCAAUAUGUUCUUGGCAGCCUGCUGUAAUCUCUGCAGGAGUGACAUAGAUGUGUACUGGAAAGCUCUAAAGGAUGUUGUGUGG